GCGAGAGCGAGAGACGGAGAGAGAGUAUAAUCGAGAGAGAUUUUCACCAAUCACUUUACAACACCUCUUUCGCCUCUUUCUGACUAUUUGCGUCUCAAUCAUCUCGUUGCAAGUGACGGAGCUCGAGGAACAGCGACAAGAGAGAUGGGAGACAAUGUAUACAAGAUCACCAACCUGUGCGACGCCAUCGAUCAAUCCAUCUUUCCAAGCUACCGAUAAAGUCUGACGCAGCACCAUAGAGAAUAUAUUUGACGAUAGAACAGAGGGAGCAUCAAAGCUGCAAAUCCUUUGAAUUAAUUAACCAGUUACUUUGGAUUGUGAUGCAUUUACAAUACAUGUCGGUUUAUUUUACUUCAAUGAAGGAUGACAGACUACGGACGCGUCCUCUGCUUCCCCGCUGCUAUCAGCAAACAGAAUGUAGUCUACGAAUUGUAAAAUAGUCCAUGUUUUACGUAUCUUCUGGAUUUUGGGCAUAUGCGCGCAUUGGAAAGGUAUAAUAAGUCUAUCGGCUAUAUUUUCUGUAUUGAUGGACAGACGUGGUGUGUAAGCACACAUAGCCUAAGCACGAUGAUGCAUUCGUAGCCUAGCUGUUGGCAUACACCCUAAAUCUCAACACACGUUUCUGCAGGUAUGAUAACCCCGACCUUGUCAUAUCGAUGAAAGUAGUGGUGAUUUAUGGUACGCAUUUCACCUAUCUCAAUACUGACACAUCUGGGAAUUUCAACCACAUUUCUGAUGGCUUGCAAUAAUCAGCAGUUUAUUUCACAGAAUACUGAAUGCAUUUGUCAAACAUUUGACAGAGUCGCCUACUUGUUUAUUCAUCAUUAGGCUACCAGAGUAUUUUUUUUAAAGAACGCCAGUUACGUAUUGAAAGAGUAAUAGGCUGCAAAAAUAAACACAACAAAAAGAUGAAAAAGAUCAGCCUCAGAAGAGAUUCUGUAGGUUACCGAGAAAACGGCAAAGGGGUCACAUUUCAGCGUUGGGGUUGUGAGACAGUCAGAAGAGAAGGAGCCGCUGCGGCCAAGGAGCCUUCUGUGGGACUGCACGACAAGGAGCUACCGCUGCCAGCGUUGAAAAGCAUGGCUUGGGGUUGGUGGAAGAAAGAAUCGAAUAAUCUUGAGACAUCAUAACGAUCAUUAUAACAAUAUACAUCACGAAAUAGGCCUACCACAUUUUUGAUUGUGUUAAGAGGUGUGGCAAGUAGCCAUUUCAACAAAAUAUAUAUAUAUAUUGGUCAUUAUUAGCAUAUUUUAACAAAGGCUAUUUAUAAUGUGUAUGUUGUAUUUACUAAUAUGUAUAAUCUAAAGACUGUGUGCAGGUAUAUUUGAAUAAUAGCCUACUUGUAUUCUUAGUUGCACUGACCAUAUAGUAUUGUAAUAAUGGGUUGUUUGGAAAGACGUUACCACAGACACAAGCUAAGUCCAUGUCACAAGCGACACAAACUCAUUUGAAAACAGUAUCCUGUUAAUGUGCUUCUCCAAAAUCUGCACACUGAUGAGAACUGCCAGCAAGAUGAGCAGCCUUAUCACUCAUUGUCCUCAAAAAUGCACAACAUUUUGGCAAAUGACAUAUGCUUACUUCACAGAGAGCUAUCUUCAUUUAUUGAAAGUGUAUUAUCAUAAAUGCAAUUGCACACAUUCAAAGAACAUCUACAGUAAAGGUGAACAUUUUCAAAUGCAUACUAAUUUAGCUUAAAAUAACGAGAUGCACACACUCCUAUUCCUGUCCAUUGUGAUGUGAAGAGUACCAAUUUGGUAGUGAUGAAGGAGCAUGGAUAUCAGGCCACUUUAAGUGUCUCAAAUGUGGUCACAGAGAAUACUGUUAAGCACAAGCUAACUUAAAAAGGAGAGGACCCUAUACCCUAUUACUGGACACAUCUCAGCCUACACCCCCUGUGUUGUGGACCAACAAAACCUGGAACCUUUCUACUAACCCCCCCUGCUUAAGCUACUUGGAAACCAACCCCGACUCUGACUCCCUGAUAUAACUCAGUUGUCGAGCUGCAGUACUUGGAAAUCAACGACUCACAGCCUGACUUUUGGAGCACACUCGCGCUCGCAGGAAGAGCAUUGCCACUGCGAGACAGCCAAGCAUGGAAAUCCCUCCCACUGCCCCCCAACAACCCUUCAGACAACAAAGCUUCCUCAGUCGAAAGUUGAAGGGCUCCAUCAAAAGGGCAAAGAGCCAGCCCAAGUUGGAUCGAACCAGCAGCUUCCGCCACAUGAUUCUACCCCGUUUCCGUAGUGCUGAUCAGGAGAGGACUCGUCUAAUGCAGAGCUUCAAGGAGUCCCACUCUCAUGAGUCCCUGCUCUCCCCUAGCAGUGCAGCGGAGGCUCUGGACCUCACGCUGGAUGAAGAUGCUGUCAUCAAACCUGUCCACUCCAGCAUAUUGGGCCAGGAGUACUGCUUUGAGGUGACCACCAUUUCAGGGACAAAAUGCUUUGCCUGCCGCUCGGCUGCAGAGAGAGACAAAUGGAUUGAGAAUCUGCAGAGAGCUGUCAAGCCCAACAAGGACAAUAGUCGAAGGGUGGACAAUGUGCUUAAGCUGUGGAUCAUUGAGGCCAGGGACCUUCCUCCUAAGAAGCGGUACUAUUGUGAGCUGUGUCUGGAUGACAUGCUGUACGCUCGCACCACCAGCAAGCCCCGCACGGACACUGUCUUCUGGGGCGAGCACUUUGAGUUCAACAACUUGCCUGCCAUUCGUAGCCUACGCCUGCACCUUUACAAGGAGACAGACAAAAAGAGACGCAAGGAGAAGAGCACGUACCUCGGCCUGGUCACUAUCCCCAUAUCGAGCAUCACAGGCAGGCAGUUUGUGGAGCAGUGGUACCCGGUGAUCCAGCCCAGUGCUUUGGCUAAGGGUGGCGGUGUAGGCGGUGGCAAGGUCAUCAAUGCCUCAAUCCGCCUCAAGUCCCGCUACCAGACCAUGAGUAUCCUGCCCAUGGAGCUGUACAAGGAGUUCGCUGAGUACAUCACCAAUAACUACCGUACGCUGUGUGCCGUGCUGGAGCCUCUGCUCAGUGUCAAAAGCAAAGAGGAGGUGGCGUUCGCGCUGGUGCACAUUCUCCAGAGCACGGGCAAGGCGAAGGACUUCCUGUCAGACAUGGCGAUGUGCGAGGUGGAUAGAUUCAUGGAACGAGAGCAUCUGAUCUUUCGAGAGAACACCCUUGCUACUAAAGCCAUAGAGGAGUACCUCAAAUUGAUUGGGCACCGGUACCUCAAGGAUGCCAUAGGGGAGUUCAUUCGAGCUUUAUACGAGUCAGAGGAGAAUUGUGAAGUGGAUCCCAUGCGUACUCCACCGUCUGUCCUGGCUGACCACCAAGCCAAUCUUCGCAUGUGCUGCGAGCUGGCACUCUGCAAGAUUGUCAACUCUCAUUGUGUGUUUCCACGGGAGCUGAAGGACGUAUUUGCCUCCUGGAGGGUCCGGUGUGCCGAGCGGGGAAGGGAGGACAUCGCAGACCGCCUCAUCAGCUCCUCCCUCUUCCUACGCUUCCUGUGUCCCGCCAUCAUGUCGCCCUCUCUCUUCAACCUCACCCAGGAGUACCCCGGAGAGCGGACCUCCCGCACACUCACCCUCAUCGCCAAGGUGGUGCAGAACCUGGCCAGCUUCUCCAAGUUUAGUGGCAAAGAGGACCACAUGUGUUUCAUGAACGAGUUUUUGGAGAUGGAGUGGGGCUCCAUGCAGCAGUUCCUGUACGAGAUCUCCAACAUGGACACGGGGAGCAAUGCCGGGGGCUUUGAGGGCUACAUCGACCUGGGCAGGGAGCUGUCAGUGCUCCACAGCCUGCUGUGGGAAGUCAUGGCCCAACUGAGCAAGGACGCUAUUCUGAAGCUUGGUCCCUUGCCGCGUCUGCUGAAUGACAUCAGUGUAGCUUUGAGGAACCCCCAGCUCCACCGGCAGGCCAGCCACCAGCCAGACAGGCAGCAGGACAGGCUCAUCACACGGCCCUCCUUCAAUCGCCUGGUAUCAUCCGAUUUCCAGAGCCUCAUGAUGCGGGACCUGAACAGCUCAAUAGACAUCUCCCGUCUCCCCUCCCCAACCGCGGGAUUAUCUGGGGGUGGUGUCCUCUCGUCUCAUGUAAGCAUGGGAAGCUUUGCAGAACGAGACCCCCACGGCUCAAAGGAUGUUUUCUACGUGACCCGUCCCCCCUUGGCUCGGUCCAGCCCUGCAUACUGCACCAGCAGUUCUGAUAUCACUGACCCGGACCCAAAGGUCCUCAGUGUUAACAAAAGCGUGUCCAUGAUGGACCUGCAGGACUCACGCAUGAAUAGCAUCUCCAACCUCCAUUCAGUGGGCGAUAUGCUCAACUCCUCCCAGGCCUCUAUAGCAGGCUUGGGCCACAGUUUCGGGAACCUGGGCGGCCCGCUUCGCAUGGGAGGCCAUAUGUCCGCCGGUGGCUCUGGGAGCUCCGGCUUGAGGCUAAGCCAGAUGGGGGGACCCCUUCACCACAUGGGGGGUCCCACUGACUCUCUCUCCCAGCAGCAGCAACAUGCGGCAGCCGCCAUGCACUUCCCCCUCUCCUUCCAGAAUCCCCUCUUCCAUCUGGCUGCCGACAGCCCUCGGGGUCAACCCCACAGUCGUCCUCAGGCCCAGCCACCUCCCCCUCCACUCUUGUUGGCCCCAGAGCUUGACAAUGCCCACCACCAACAGGGCUACAUGCGGGCAUUUGGCCACGGCGGCUUUUCGCGUAGCGAGGACCUUUCAGCCCUGCGGCCACAGAGCAGUCUGGUGCAGCCCAGUGUUGUCCACUCGCACAGCUACAGUGACGACUACACGCGGCAAAACCAGAACGCUGAAUACGCCCGGCGCCAGCUUUCGCUGCAAGUACAGGAGAAUCUUCAGCAGCAGAUUCUUAUGGGCAUGACCCCUCAGACGGCCACAGGCACGGGCACUCCCACCUCCUUGGCCACUCCUCCCUCCACCGUGUACCCUGUCCGUCAUGGCUCCGUAGCACCGCCUCCCCCACAGCGCCUCAAAUCCCAGCUGUCCAUCAGUCCCGGGGCCACCUCCACCCCUCCCAAGGCCCGCCCCCAGAGCAGGAACCUCCUUCUCCAGUCGCCCGACUCCAGCUUUGGCGGCAGGCAGCCCUCGCAACAGCAACAACAGCAGCAGUUGUCCGUCAAACAGUCUGACAGCCCAGCCCCUGGUCUCCCGCACCAGUCGAGCUCUGCCAGGGAUGGCCAGGGGGCGCCACAGGGGGGGAACGGAGAGACCACAGACACCCCGACUAAGAGCACAAAGCAGCCUCAGACCACAGACACCCCAACUAAGAACACCAAGCAGCCCCAGCCGCAGUCCCAGCAGCAGCAGCAUCCUCCACAGCAGCACCUGCUCAAGCCGACAGUCAAUAAACAGGGUUCUCAGUCCCCCUCCACCCUGACCCCCAACGAGCGCACUGUGGCUUGGGUGUCCAACAUGCCACACCUCUCUGCCGACAUCGAAAUAUUGCGUAGCUCAUCGAACCUUGAGGACCUCAAGCUGAAGGAGUACUCCAAGAGCAUGGAUGAGUCACGCAUGGAUAGGGUAAAGGAAUACGAGGAGGAGAUCCAUUCCCUGAAGGAGCGUCUGAUAAUGUCCCAUCGGAAGCUGGAGGAGUAUGAGCGCAGGAUGCUUUCACAGGAGCAGCAGACCAGCAAGAUCCUAUCACAGUACCAGAGCCGGCUGGACGACAGCGAGCGCAUGCUGAGGCAGCAGCAGCUGGAGAAGGACAGUCAAAUCAAAGGCAUUAUCAACAGGCUCAUGGCUGUGGAGGAUGAGUUGAGAGAAGAGGACUCUUCCUCUCUGGGUUCGGCAGACCCCCAUGGUCUCCCCGGAGGUGGGGGGGUGACAGCCACCGCCACUGCCAGGCCCGGGGUCUCCUUUUCAGGUGUCUCCUGUGCCAACUCCCCUUGGAAAGGAGCCCUCCCUCCCCUCCCACCUCCCCGCCUACACGUCAGCCACAAUGGGGAACUCCAUGGCAACCGAGCCUACCCCUCUACUACUACCAUGGUUACGCCAGCCAGGAGCACGGCAUCAUGGACCUCGGCAACAGCAGCAUCAAAUCCGAGUUUAACCGGGGGGAGAGCGGUCUAAUAACGAAAUCCAAUCCAACCGUUUUACGGAGGACACCCUGGAACCUGACUGGCAGAGGUGAUAUGGGUCCCGGCAUAAUUCUAUUGGCUGGCAAAACAUAGAAGAGGUCUGCAGUACAUGGCUGCUCCAGAUCUGUUGACUUCCCACAACAAGCUGAACUUUUGGAUAAUUCAAGGGGGGGGGGGGUCUUCACAUGCUAACACACACACAAACACACUCCUUCUUGCAUUUGCUCUUUCUCUCCCUCUCUCUGCAAUACCACUGUAAGUUUUGACCCUGGUGACAAUCAGCUCAAUAUGAGUGGUGAUGUUUACAUUGUCUGCUUGUUGCAGUGACCCAUUCACGAGUGAUGAAACAUGGCAAUAUUGAACCUGUUGUUUCUGUUUAAAUAGGUAUGACAAAGCACAAUACUGAGAAAGAGAGAGAAAGAGACUUUGGGGUAUCCCAAGAUUCCUCCCCCUACCUCAAAUAUUCACAUCACUUUAUUAAUUCCCCUGUGACAAACCUACUACACCGAGGCCUUCGCGAAAGCAGUAGGUUGUUUAACUGUUAUGCUGAACGCGUAACCCGCGGCCAGAGGGUAGAAUUCUUGAAAACAGAACCAGCACCCGGGAGCCUGUCGGAGAAACAUGCUGCCUACGCCCAUGUUUUAUUGAAAACAAUGGCAGCAAUCGGAUACUUUUACUGGGUAACGUGUCCAGUUAUGCUGCCAAACACUAUGGCUCCAAUGUAUGUUUUUUUAAUGUUCUUAGUAUUAAACUGAAUAGAUUAAUACUUAGUAUUACAGACGGUGAAUGAAAUGAAAGCCUAAUGCCAAUACUGCCCCUGUUCUCAGACUAUAUAUCUCUGUAAUGCCGUGAACAUAUCUAUCUCUCUGGCCAAAUUGUUUCCUCCUUUUCCCUUGUACUGCUCUUCUCUAUCUCCACCCGAGAGUAAACAAACUAAAUAUGCACAGCCCUAUGUUUCACAACAGAAGGACAAAAGGUUUCGAUUAUCUAUGUCAUCUGGAUACAAUUUAAACCUAAGGAGCUGGGACAUAUGGACAUUGUUUUACAUUUCCUACAUAUGUGUUUUAAUGAUAUGAAUUACUCACCUGGACAUGUGUGGUGUUUGUUUCUUUAAAUUGAUAUCCCAGUAAGGUUUCUUUACAUUGUGGACAAUUCCUCUGGACCACUUCGCUUUUGUAUGUAUGGGUUCUCUUUGAGAUGGAAAAGAGGUGGAUUUGACCUGUUCUGCCUCCAUCAAAGUCUGGGACACACUGCCCUCUUGUGACCAUAGUAUCAAUCUGCACUCGAUAGCAGAGGAAGGACGCUUCCUCAAGUGGUGCUCAGCUACAGAGCUUGUGUUUGGCUGGGGAUCAGGGAUGCUGCAAUUGUCAUGAGUGACCUGUUCCAGUUCAAUUGACGCCACUCUAUCACCUUGGACUUGUGCAGAUGCCUGGACUCCAACCUUCAGGUCGUACUCACCUCCCCUUAUCAUCACAUAGAGGUGUGGCAGAACAAUCAUCAGAUGGAAUUACUUAAUGUCUCAAUUAUUGAAUGGGUGUAUCUGUUCCUUGCAUA